AUGGUUAUACCUCAGAUUAUUGAUAUCGAUUUCGCUGAUGUCUACAAUUUACGGGAUCCCCUUGGUGUAUUGACUGAUUUACUCAAACAGGAGGGAGCUUCGGAGGUAGAACCAAGGAUUCUUCGUUCUUCUGGCCCUGUCAGCGCUGAACCAGUAUACGUCGUUGGUAUUUACAAAGACAAGUCAGAGCUUGUUGGGCAAAGUGCUGGAGAGACGCUGAGCGUUGCUUCAGAGAUGGCAGCUCGUGAAGGACUCCUCCGGCUUUGGGGAAUUACGGCCGAUAGGGUGUUCUUCUUUGGACGUAAAGCUGCUGAAGCUCCGCUUGAAGAGUUCUCCAAGGAAAACUUUUUCUUGAGAGAUCGUUGUAGCCCAAGCACGGAUACAUCUGUGGAACCUGUCGUUGAUAUCGAGCCCUUGAAUGUGAUCGAGGUGGCUAUGCGCUAUCGUGAUAAAGUACAAUCAGUUGUGGGAUUGAGUUAUACAAAACGAUUGCGACACAAAAUUCCUCUCGCGGAUCUCUAG